AUGGCCCCCUCAGUGGUAGAAAAGGUCGAGGCCGCCAUACCCUCCACCCAAGAGCUAAAAGAAGAGGUCGUCGAGGCCUCCAAAAAGUCCUUCAAGAGCCUGCGCGACCUGGCCGCCGGCGGCGUGGGCGGCGUCUGCGCCGUCGUUGUCGGCCACCCGUUCGACCUCGUCAAAGUCCGGCUACAGACUGCGGAGAAGGGGGUGUACUCUGGGGCGAUGGAUGUGGUGCGGAAGACGAUUGCUAGGGAGGGGAUGCGGAGGGGUCUGUAUGCGGGUGUUUCUGCGCCGCUGGUGGGCGUGACGCCGAUGUUCGCCGUGAGCUUCUGGGGCUACGGCGUCGGCAAAUCCCUCGUACAGACCUUUUCCGAGGUAAAAAACAACCAAUACAGCGUCGCCCAAGUCAGCGCCGCCGGUUUCUUCUCCGCAAUCCCCAUGACCCUCAUCACCGCCCCCUUCGAGCGCGUAAAAGUGCUCCUCCAAAUCCAAGGCCAGAAACAGCUCAAGCCCGGCGAGAAGCCUAGAUACAGCGGCGGGCUCGACGUGGUGCGACAACUCUACCGCGAAGGCGGUAUCCGGUCUGUUUUCCGCGGCAGCGCCAUGACGCUCGCGCGCGACGGGCCCGGAUCGGCUGCCUACUUCGCGACGUACGAGACCAUCAAGAGGAGGUUGACGCCAAAGGACGCAAAUGGGCUGCCGGGGGACCUGAGUCUGGUGGCCGUGAUGGCGGCGGGAGGCGCGGCGGGUGUCGCGAUGUGGAUUCCAGUGUUCCCGGUCGAUACGAUCAAGAGCAGGCUGCAGAGCGCGGAGGGGAACCCAACGAUUGGAGGGACGAUUAGGCAGGUGUAUAGCAGGGGAGGGGUUAAGGCGUUCUUUCCGGGAUUCGGGCCGGCGUUGGCGAGGGCGGUGCCGGCGAAUGCGGCGACGUUUUUGGGGGUCGAGUUGGCGCACAAGGCGAUGUCAAAGGCAUUUGAUUAG